AAGGCCGAGCGGGCUCGGAGCCGACGCCACCAGCCUCUCGUCGUCGCUGCUGCGGUCGUCCACCUGAGAGACGCUGUUGUGGCCGUUCCCGCCGGCCACCAUGUCCGCCCAGGCGCAGAUGAGAGCCCUCCUCGACCAGCUCAUGGGCACGGCGCGGGACGGAGACGAAACCAGACAGAGGGUCAAGUUUACAGAUGACCGAGUCUGCAAGAGUCACCUUCUGGACUGCUGCCCCCAUGACAUCCUGGCUGGGACGCGGAUGGAUUUAGGAGAAUGUACCAAAAUCCAUGAUUUGGCCCUCCGUGCAGACUAUGAGAUCGCAAGUAAAGAAAGAGACCUGUUUUUUGAAUUGGACGCAAUGGAUCAUUUGGAGUCCUUCAUUGCAGAGUGCGACAGGAGGACUGAGCUUGCCAAGAAACGACUGGCGGAAACACAGGAGGAAAUCAGUGCAGAAGUUUCGGCAAAGGCAGAAAAGGUACAUGAAUUGAAUGAAGAAAUAGGAAAACUCCUUGCUAAAGCUGAACAACUAGGAGCUGAAGGAAAUGUGGACGAAUCCCAGAAGAUUCUUAUGGAAGUUGAGAAAGUUCGUGCAAAGAAAAAAGAAGCUGAGGAAGAAUACAGAAAUUCUAUGCCUGCAUCCAGUUUUCAGCAGCAAAAGCUCCGUGUCUGUGAAGUCUGUUCAGCCUACCUUGGUCUUCACGACAAUGACCGCCGUCUAGCAGACCAUUUUGGGGGCAAGUUACAUUUGGGAUUCAUUCAGAUCCGAGAGAAGCUUGAUCAGUUGAGGAAAACUGUGGCUGAAAAGCAAGAAAAAAGAAACCAGGAUCGCUUGAGGAGGAGAGAGGAGAGAGAACGAGAGGAACGGCUGAACAGGCGGUCUGGCUCAAGAACCAGAGAUCGCAGGAGGUCACGCUCCCGAGAUCGGGAUCGACGUCGGAGACGGUCAAGAUCUACCUCGAGAGAAAGGCGCAAAUCUUCCAGGUCUCGGUCCCGAGACAGCCACCGACGUCAUCGCAGCCGUUCCCAGAGCCACAGCCGGGGACACCGCCGGGCUUCCAGGGACAUGAGUGCAAAAUACAAGUUCUCCAGGGAGCGCACAUCGAGAGAGAAGUCCUGGGAGUGCGGACGGAGUGAGCGAGGGUAUUCUGACUGGAGGCUGGAGAGCUCCAAUGGGAAGACAACUUCUCAGAAGUCAGAGGAGAAGGAGGCUGGAGAGAUCUGAACCCUAGUCCUGGAGCUGUAAAUAGUCUGACAAAACAUUCAACACAGCCUAAAGUUAUUCUAUAUUUGCUGAAUACAACUCAUCUUUUGUAGUUUAACAUUUCUGUUGUUUGGCGCUAGCUGUGACUUCAAGUUGUACAGUUGCUCCUGUGUGUGGAGUUAUAUUGUAUAGGAAUAAAUAGACCUAAUGGGCUGCCUCUGUCA